CGGGGGCGGAGCUCUCGAGCCGGUCACGUGACGGAACCGGCGGCGGCGUCGGUGGCCGCGGCGUCUGUAGAGGCGCCCAGUGCAGGAUGGUGCAGGAGGCGGCGGCGGCGGCCCUGGUGGCGGCGGCGUCGUUGGCGGCUGCGGGAGGGGGUGCUGUGGCGGCAAUAGCGGCGGUGCCCGCGGCGAGUAUAAAAUGGCGGAUUUCGAAGAGUUGAGGAAUAUGGUUUCUAGUUUUAGGGUUUCUGAACUACAAGUGUUACUAGGCUUUGCUGGACGGAAUAAAAGUGGACGCAAGCAUGACCUCCUGAUGAGGGCGCUGCAUUUACUGAAGAGUGGCUGUAGCCCUGCGGUUCAGAUUAAAAUCAGAGAAUUGUAUAGACGCCGAUACCCACGGACUCUUGAAGGACUUUCGGAUUUAUCCACAAUAAAAUCAUCAGUUUUCAAUUUGGAUGGUAAUUCAUCACCUGUAGAACCGGACUUGGCUGUGGCUGGAAUCCGUUCAUUGCCUUCCACUUCAGUUACAUCUCACUCACCAUCCUCUCCUGUUGGUUCUGUGCUGCUUCAAGAUACUAAGCCUACAUUUGAGAUGCAGCAGCCAUCUCCCCCAAUCCCUCCUGUCCAUCCUGAUGUGCAGUUAAAAAGCCUGCCCUUUUAUGAUGUCCUUGAUGUUCUCAUCAAGCCCACAAGUUUAGUUCAAAGCAGUAUUCAGCGUUUUCAAGAGAAGUUUUUUAUUUUUGCUCUGACACCUCAACAAGUUAGAGAGAUAUGCAUUUCCAGGGAUUUUUUGCCAGGUGGAAGGAGAGAUUAUACAGUCCAAGUUCAGCUGAGACUUUGCCUGGCAGAGACAAGUUGCCCUCAAGAAGACAACUAUCCCAAUAGCCUAUGUAUAAAAGUAAAUGGGAAGCUGUUUCCUUUGCCUGGCUAUGCUCCACCACCUAAGAAUGGGAUUGAACAGAAGCGCCCUGGACGCCCUUUGAAUAUCACAUCUUUAGUUAGGUUAUCUUCAGCUGUGCCAAACCAGAUUUCCAUUUCUUGGGCAUCAGAAAUUGGAAAGAAUUACUCCAUGUCUGUAUAUCUUGUACGACAGCUCACAUCAGCCAUGUUAUUACAGAGGUUAAAAAUGAAAGGUAUUAGAAACCCUGAUCAUUCCAGAGCACUAAUUAAAGAAAAACUUACUGCAGAUCCUGAUAGUGAGAUUGCUACAACUAGCCUUCGUGUGUCCUUAAUGUGUCCUUUAGGAAAAAUGAGGCUGACAAUCCCAUGUCGUGCAGUCACUUGUACACAUCUGCAGUGUUUUGAUGCUGCUCUUUAUCUACAAAUGAAUGAGAAGAAACCCACUUGGAUUUGUCCGGUGUGUGACAAGAAGGCUGCCUAUGAAAGUCUAAUAUUAGAUGGGCUUUUUAUGGAAAUUCUCAAUGACUGUUCAGAUGUGGAUGAAAUCAAAUUUCAGGAAGAUGGUUCUUGGUGUCCAAUGAGACCAAAGAAAGAAGCUAUGAAAGUUUCCAGCCAACCGUGUACAAAAAUAGAAAGUUCAAGUGUUCUCAGUAAGCCUUGUUCAGUGACUGUAGCCAAUGACGCAAGCAAAAAGAAAGUGGAUGUUAUUGACCUAACAGUAGAAAGCUCUUCUGACGAAGAGGAAGACCCUCCUGCCAAAAGGAAGUGCAUCUUUAUGUCAGAAACACAAAGCAGCCCAACCAAAGGGGUUCUCAUGUAUCAGCCAUCUUCUGUAAGGGUGCCCAGUGUGACUUCGGUUGAUCCUGCUGCUAUUCCGCCUUCAUUAACAGACUACUCUGUACCAUUCCACCACACGCCAAUUUCAAGCAUGUCAUCAGAUUUGCCAGGGGAACAAAGAAGAAAUGAUAUUAAUAAUGAACUGCAGCUUGGAGCAUCUUCUGAUACUGUGCAACAAUGAAUACAAAAUAAAACAGAUUAUU